AUGGAUGAAGAGAUGUAUGACUUCUGGCAGUCUUUGUCGAGAAGUGCUUUUGGAGAUAUGGUUAACGACAGACAUCGGAAUCACUUGUAUUUUAAGGCCAUUCAGAAAACUGUUAAUCGGCUCAAGACAUGCAAAGAGGAUAUACUAGGCCUAGACAUAGGCGCCGGCACUGGACUCUUAUCCCUCAUGAGUGUCAAAAGCGGUGUCCAUCGAGUUGUCGCGUGCGAUUGUUUUGAACCGAUUGCCAAAUGCGCUCAAAAUAUAGUCAAUAUUAACGGCUUUUCGGAUGUCAUUAAAGUUGUGAACAAGAGAUCAGACAAAUUGACGGUCGGAUCAGUUGAUUGUGAUUUAGAGAGAAAAGCGGAUCUAUUAGUGGCCGAACUCUUUGACACGGAAUUGAUAGGCGAGGGAGCGAUCGGUUGUUAUCGACACGCGGCUCAACAUCUGUUGACUUCUGACGCAUUACUGGUGCCGUCGAGGGCUAAGAUCUACUGCCAAUUGGUUGAAUCGGAUUCACUCUUUUCAUACCAUCAGUUCACAGAUAAUAUCGAACUCAACCAACAUUUCAUAAUUAAAUGUCCACAACAUGUGAAGAGUUGUGACGGAUCUAAUGUCUUGCAUGACAUUCAAAUGAAUCAAUUAAAACCAAAUGAAGACUUUAUUGUAGUUUCAGAACCAGAAGUUGUCUUUGAGUUUGAAUUCAACGAUAUAUCGACCCUCGGAUCUAAAGAUCGCAAAACAAUUGAAUUCAAAACAAUACGUGAAGUGAAGGGUCCACUCGUACUCUUCAUGUGGUGGACAACAGAUAUGGACUUCGAGGGAGAAAUAGUGUUGAGUUGCGCCCCAUUUUGGACAUAUAAUGAUAGCGCUAUCACUGCAAAGACUAUUCCGUGGAGAGACCACUGGAUUCAAGCCAUUUAUUAUUUGUCGGCAAAUAAUAAACGCUUUGAAUUAAAAGCCAAUCAAACAUUGAAAGUGGAGGCAAAUCGAGACGAAUAUAGUCUUUGGUUUAACGAAUCAAAUGAUGACAAGUGUUGCUCCGAUUCGUUAGGGUUUCAAUGCAAAUGUGGUCUCCAUUUAUUUCUUAGCCGAACGCGUAUAGCAAUGGUUAGCGACACGUCUCGACUCCGACUCUAUAACAAAGCCAUCGAAGAGAUCACCACUACUUUGACAGCAGACCAAACCGACGCUCUGUUUAUCGGAGAUUCAAGUCUUUUGCCAAUAAUUGCCGCGAAAUACAAGAAUAUUCGUCAAGUGUUUUGUUUAGCAAAGAAUAGGCAAACGAAGGACUUUAUCGUGAGUUUUGCCAAAUCUAAUGAAUGCGAAGACAAGAUCACAAUUAUUGAACACUUUGACCAAAUAGAAGAGCAAAGCGUGGGUUUAGUAUUAAGUGAACCGUAUUUUAAUGCCAGUGAUCUUCCGUGGAAUCACUUGCGUUUGUGGUCUCUUCUCAAUGAGAUUCCUCCAAAUAUGUUGACAAAUGAUGUGAUUUUAAUGCCAAACAAAGCUAUUAUUAAAGCGAUUCCAAUAGAAUUCGACGACUUAUGGAAAAUCAAUGCCGACGUGGGCUGCGAUGUGGAAGGGUUUGACUUAAGCGCUUACGACCAGUUGAUCCGAUCGGCUAAAGCCAUGAGCGACCCCUCCAUUGAGUCGCAUCCUCUCUGGGAAUAUGCGGGCAAAGCGAUGGCCGACAAGCCUUUAGAGCUGUUUUGCUGUCAUUUAAGCGAAACGAUUGAUACGACAAAU